AUGAAUCUGAAAGAUCUUCACACCUUCACCAAUUUACCAGAAUUACAGAUAUGCCUAGUCUGCAAGAGGGAAAAUGUGUUUGGUGCAAAUUUAGGAACUACCCUUUCUGGCCUGCAAUGUUUUUCUGUGGCGCUAAAGACCCUGAAGCCUUUUGAUUGUGAAGAGGCUGAUCAACUUAUGGAAAAAGCCAAAGAGAAGUAUGAGGGUGCCAUCACAUGGUGCCGGGAGCUGAUUACCGACUAUAGAAUCCGUAUCGGAUGUGGCUCAUUCACUGGCUCCUUUAUUGAAUACUUUGCUGAUGACAUAAGCUGCCCAGUGAGGAAGAUGUACCCUCAGGGCACAUCUGCUCUCACCUUCCCUAGUAAACUCAUCAUGGAGGACGACUACGUGGUCCUGGAUGACCACGAGGACGAGAGCUUCAGCGAGCAGCAAGAGGAACAAGGUGCCAAGAAGCUCCUGCCUGACCGCUCAAAGGCGGCACGCAACCGUGCCAACGACAAGCUGGUGCACUUCAUCAUCAAGCAGCGCAGGGUGGAGAAGCGUCUGCUGGCAGUGAUCAGCGGACAGCAGCAGUCCAAGUGGCUGCGCUCCUUCCUGCGGGCCAGCCGGACAGUAGUGGACACCUACCUGGAGGAUGAGAAGCAGCUGGACCAGGUGUACCUCUACCUGAAGGGGGUGUACGACCAGGCCCCAUGCAUCGCCCGCUGCCUGGCCGACGCUGAUCGCAUCCGCUUUGUCCUUGACGUCCUGCUCCCCGAGGCCAUCAUCUAUGCCAUAGCUGGUGUGGACAAGGUUUCACUGGAGAGAGCAGAGGACAAGUAUCUCAAAGGGCCAUGUCUCAGUAAAAGAGAGAGGGAGGAAUUUGACUUGAUGAUAGAACAGCAAAUGAAACCAUUACAAAAGGUCCCUGUGUAAUGAAUGCUGUUGUUUGAACCACUAAACACCACACAGAACAAUACUGGGUCAAUAAAUUUGUUGGAAAACAAACUUUGGAUGAAUAAAUGACUUAACUAUGGAGAAUGAUUUGUGCCAAUAUUAAUAAUUUAAAAUGUGAAAAGUUAGUCUAACAGAUUUGCAUUCUUGUUUUUUUUAACAAUAUUACAAACAUUAUUGUGCCAAAUGUAGAGAAUGUUUUAAGUGUUAAGCAAAAAGUGGGAUUGCAAAAUGUAUUGAAAAGCAGGAAAUGUUUUCAUUUGCGCAGAAUUGGUGAAUUGGUUCCCAAGUUUCAGAUUUUGGUCAUUGUGUCUCAAGUUCUGGUUUUAGUGUGUAAGCCUUUGAGAAAAACUGCAAUACAUCCCCUACAAUGGCACGUGAACAUGGAUAAUUUAUUUAUUAUAUACUAUUUAUAUUAUACAACACAAUACACAACCACUUCCAUUGUUGAUGCCUCAACUUUCAAAACAGCAACAGCAGGCAAAAGCAAUUUACAAUUUUUUACCAUCAAAUGUUUGCUAUAAAUAAUUUGAGACAUAACUAUAUAAUAAUAUACAAAUAAUUAUGGAUUCAAAUCAUUAAAUGCAUUUUCACCUUUUAAAUAGUUAAUAUUGGCAAUAGCCUAUUGGCACAAAUCUAUGGAAUCUCAAAAGCGAAGUCAAAGGUUCUCAGGAGUAAAAAUAUUGCCCCCCAAAAAGUUUUUCUUCCCUUUUCUGUUGUAUCUUACCUACUUUUCUUUUACUUUUCUUAUUUCACGCAUGAGAUAAGAAAAGACAGUAAACAAUACAAGAUUAAUAUAAAUAAUUUAUUGACUGGUUUUGACUGGUUUUGACUGGUUUUGGCUGGUUUUGACUGGUUUUGACUGGUUUAACCUUUUACUGACUUUUCACUUUUGGGAUUACUUUGUUUGUUUUAUCAGCCUCCAUUUUAAACUGCCACUGUGUAUUUUAUAUACUUGGUUGUCACAGUGCAGCUAUGUAAGCCAUGCUUUAUUUUUAUAUAAAAGGAAAAUACAUUCUGAUAUGAAUGUCUAAUGUUGAUCAUGUUUCCAUUUCGCCGUUUGUCUGAAAUGCUCUAAACAUGUACAGUACUCCUGGUGCAAAAGUAUUAUGUUCAAUUUCUAUCAAAGAUUAAUCAUAAUCAUCAGUCAACCUAAUAAAGCUCCCACAGUUUCAUCGCUA